CCGGUGGGGAAUCAGACUUGAUUGGGCUGGGCUGGGCUGGGCUGGGCUGGAUCAGUGUGGGUCGGGUCGGUGGUGAGGGACGGCCUGGAAGAGAGGCGGUUGCGGUUUGAUCCUAACACCUGUUGACGUCACCAUUACGUCAUAUACGGGACGACAGUCGGUGUGUCCGACUCCGACCUCACUUCGAAUUGCCGGCUUUAUAAACGCGGGUGCGCGCUCCUCUCCUCCCCGCACCAUCCAUUGCUGUCUCUUCCAUCGAUCCGCGGCGCAUGGACGGCACCAUGUCCAUGUCCCUGGCUGCCGCCGCCGCCAACUGCCGCUGCAGCCGCGUCGUGUUCGUCGGCAACAUCCCCUUCCACGCCUCCGAGAAGGAGCUCCGCGACGCCUGCGAGCUCAUCGGGCCCAUCCGCUCCCUGCGCGUCGCCGCCGAUCCGGCCACCGGCAAGCGCAAGGGGUACGCCUUCGUCGAGUACCCCGACGACGAGACGGCGCGCAGCGCCUGCCGCAACCUGCACGGCCACAACCUGCGCGGCCGCGAGCUCCGCGUCGGCCUCGCCGGCCGCCAACGCCGCCGCCCCCGGGGCGACCGCGAGCCUGUCGGCCUGGAGGACGCCAUCCACGCCGCAUCCCUCGUCUCCGGGACGUCCCCGCUCGACUCCGUCACGCGGUACCUGGCGGCGCGGUCGGUGCGUGAGCUGAGGGAGAUGGCGGCCGCGCUGGAGGCCGACGGCCCCGACACCCGGACGCUGCUCAAGGAGCACGUCCCGGGGCUGGCCGCUGUCGUGGAGCAGGUGGGUCACCUGCUCGACAUGGCGGCCGCUGACGACGCCGCGGAGGCGACCAAGAACAAGAAGCGGGCGGCGGCGACGGCCGACUCCAACGACGAUCACCGCGCCAAGCUCACAAAGGUGGAAGUGGAAGCCGGCGGCUUCAAGGACAAGAUCGCGGUUCCUUCCGCAGGCGUCUCGUGUUUCUGAUCUGCUGUUCUUGCCGAGGCUCUAGCCCUCUAGUGUGAUUGUUUUCUGAUAUUGUAUGAUGGAUUGCUACGUUGAUUAACAAUGAGAAUAUUUG